UAAGACUUUCUUCUGUGGAACACAUAAGGAGUUAUGUUAUAGCAGAAUGUCCAAGCUGCUCUUUUCCAUGGCAUAAAUGUGAAUGGUUACAACUGUCAAGCUACAUUUUCAGUGAAAAACAGCUUAAAUUUCAAUAUGUUUCACGCACAAAACUAUCGCAAGGCUUCAGAAGGCUUGGAUUAUAGCAUACAAUUUUUAUGGAAAACUAUUAUGAUGCUUUUAUGAUGUUUUUUUGUUGUUGUUGUUGUUGUUUUGUCCUUUUUGGAGCUCGACAUCCCCCAUCCCUUAUGCACUUUCAUUCUAUGAAAGAGAGCAACGUGAACAUUAUUCAAAACUUCUUUUUUGUUUAACGUAAAAAAGAAAGUAAUACAUGUGUAGAACAACAUGAGGGUGAGUAAAUUAUGACAAUUUACUUUUUUUUAUUAACUAUUCAUUUAAGCAACCCUUUUACUAAGACAACAAAUAAAAAACAGAUAUAAGGUCACAGUACAGUUUCAACUCAAAGCUGAAUGUCUUUUAUAAGAGACAAAAUCGUUGACUCAACUUGUAGUAUUCUGAAACUGAGUGAGAAUGUGAAGGGAAUUAAUGUUAUCUAAUUUUCUUAAGUACAGACAGUAUGCUUUUAAUUUAACACAUCAUGGGCCUGCAUAGACUCUGUCCCUCUUGUAUGCACUGAAAUGAGUGUCACAAGUGCUGAGACAAGCCAAACCAGUGAAUUCUGGGACGCUACUGUCUUUCUUCGUCCAUCCAGUCUCACCGGGCAGCUUCAAAACCAGCCUGAAUUGAACAGAAGUCCCAUAAACUCAGACUGGCAGUAAAUAUGCCAACAUACAAGUGUUUAUUGGAGCUGUGUGUGGUGGCGUUUGUGUUCGUCAGUUCUGGAUUCAGCUCAGAGGAGGAUAUGAACCUGGCCGCCCUUCUUCGUAGUGUGUCUUCAGGAACGCUGAUUAGAGAUCAGCCUCUCGUGGGCAAGUUUAGUGGGGACCUUCAAACUGAAAAGGACAGCUAUAAGAUCCUUGAAAGGACUCUUGAAUCUGGUACAUCUGUCCGGUCUGGUUCUGUUGGACCCAGGUCGCUCACAAAAGACGGCACCGUUCAGGGUCUGACGCUGGAUAAGUCUCACGUUUUCUAUGGGAUCCCAUUCGCUGCUCCACCUGUAGCAGCGUACCGUUGGAAACCACCCCGUCCCGUCACACCGUGGAAGGGGGUGUACGAUGCCACCUAUCCCAGAGCGGCAUGCAUGCAGGCGUGCAUCGGACCCAUUUCUGAUGAGUGUCCCAAGAAGGUGAGUGAAGACUGUUUGUACCUGAAUGUGUUUGUUCCUCUGAGUGUGAACUUCACAGCUCCGCUGCACAAACCGCUGCCAGUCAUGGUGUGGAUUCACGGCGGUGACUUCAUCGCAGGCUCCGCCUCCAAACUGCUUUACGACGCACGCUUCAUCAGUAACUUCACACAAACGGUGGUUGUGAGUGCGGCCUACCGCCUUGGAGCGUUUGGGUUUCUGGUGUCAGGAAAGGACCCAAGAACAUCAGCGGCAGGAAACUAUGGGAUUCUAGACCAGCAGAUGGCUUUGCUCUGGAUCCAAAAGAACAUUGCGGUGUUUGGAGGUGACCCAAGCCGGGUGACAAUUUUCGGAGAGAGCGCUGGCGCUCAGUCAGUCAGUCUGCAUCUCAUGAUCCAAAGCAGCAAACCACUUUUCAAACAGGCUGUUUUCCAGAGUUUACCCUUCUCCAUUCCACUGAAAACACGGCACGAGUCUCUGAGGUUGGGGAAGGACUUUGCGAAGAUGUCCAACUGCUCGGUGAAGGACAUUGUAUGUCUGCUGUCUCUGAGUCCUCAGGCGGUGCUGACCGCUCAGAUCAAAUCCAGCUCAAAGGUGGUGAACCCAUUCCGUUUUCUGGAGGUGUUUGAAAGCUGGGGGCCAUAUAUUGAUGGAGAGCUGAUCAAGGAACAGUCAGUGAGCGCGUUUCAGAAAGGACAUUGGCAGAAGGAGAAAGCAGUUCUGCUCGGAACCACCUCAGAGGAAGGAGUGAUCUUUGUGUACGGGGUCUUCACUAAGCCGGUGUCACCUGUCGAGUGUACCAUCUACACAACGGCCAUAUUCAAACAACACGCCAUCAAAAUCCUGCGCAAAUACCUGCCAAUGUACAAAGACGCUGACCGCAGGGACAUGCUAGCACAGAUUGUUACAGACUACAUCUUCUUGUGUCCGUCCCGAAGAUCAGCACGUGCCGGGGUGCUCUCAGGCAGUUCUGUCUGGAUGUACGUGUUCGAUCACGUAGCAAGUGAUCCACGCGUGUGGUCAGGUUUGACGUUCUGUUACAAGCACGUAUGUCACGGCGCAGAGCUGCCCUUCCUGUUUGACUCCGCCCCUGUGGCAAAUUUCACCCUGACACCACCUGAGCACCUGCUGUCCAAUCGUAUGCUGUGCUACUGGGGGGCGUUUGCCCAUGCGGGUGACCCGAGAUCACAUACUGACAUGAGCACAUUCUGUCAGCAGCAGCGCCCCCCGUCAUGGCCGCGCUACACGGCUAACAGCGGCUGGCUAAUCAUGAAUCUAACGGUGCAUUUGCACGCACAGGCGAGCUCGCGCGACGACAUCUGCGACUUCUGGGACAAACUUGGAAUCUACCCUUAAUGAAGGAAAAUCACAUAUGAGUUCCCUUUAAUAUGUCAAUUGUUUCUCCUAGAUGGUAAUGACAUUAAAUGGAGAGCAAAUGGAGACUUCUUAAAGGAACAGUUCACGCAAAAAUGAAAAUUCUCUCAUCAUUUACUCACCCUCAUGCCAUCCCAGAU